AUGCCGAGGCCUUCUUCAUUGACUGAACAUUUCAUUAUCGGAACAAUAUUGUCAUGUAUUUUCUUAGUAUUUAAUUACUCCCUUCAUAGAAUUGAAGAAGGACAUGUAGGCGUUUAUUUUAGAGGUGGUGCACUCCUUCCUUCAGUUAGCUUUCCUGGAUAUCAUAUGAUGAUACCUCUAUUAACGAGCUUCAAAUCAAUGCAGAUAACAUUGCAGACAGAUGAAGUUAAGAAUGUACCUUGUGGAACCAGUGGAGGUGUAAUGAUCUAUUUUGAUAGAAUAGAAGUAGUAAAUCAUUUAAAUCAGAACAGUGUUCUCGAUAUUGUUAGAAACUACACAGCUGAUUAUGACAAAACUCUUAUUUUCAACAAAGUCCACCACGAACUAAAUCAAUUUUGCAGCAUACAUACCUUACACGAGGUUUACAUUGAUCUGUUUGAUCAAAUCGACGAAAAUUUGAAGCAGGCUCUUCAAAGAGACUUAUUGGAAAUGGCACCAGGGUUGACAAUACAAGCAGUAAGAGUAACUAAGCCGAAAAUCCCAGAAGUGAUACGAAAAAAUUACGAAUUAAUGGAAGGAGAAAAAACUAAAUUGCUGAUAGCCACCCAGCAUCAAAAGGUAGUUGAAAAAGAUGCAGAAACCGAACGAAAAAAAGCGAUAAUAGAAGCCGAAAAAGAAGCCCAAGUUGCCAAGAUUCAAUUCGAACAGAAGAUCAUGGAAAAAGAAUCGCUGCAGCGCAUUUCCCAGAUAGAAGACGAAAUGCAUCUUGCUAGACAGAAGAGCCACGCUGACGCGGAGUUUUACAAGCACAAGCAACAGGCGGAAGUGAAUAAAAUGCUGCACACUAGGGAGUACAUAGAAUUGAAGAAAUACGAGGCACUGUCGCAUAACACAAAGGUAUACUUCGGAAAUGAAAUACCUCAAGCCUUUCUGGGCUCGGAAAUAUCGGCGUUUGCUGAUGCGAAAACUGCUGUAGGUGAGGGUAAAACUUCAACGGAAAGUUAA